UGCAUUAUAAAUACUUCUCCAAAACACACUGGCCCUCCUUUCUCGCUUUCUACCCAGCUCCGUUUGUUUCGCACUCAUAAAAGCUGCGCCUCACUUAUUGCUUGGCGUGUUUUGUUUCUUAUUUAAAGCCGGGCUCCUUUUUUGUUUCUCGGCCAGUUUGCAUGCAUUGUUCGUCUCCCAAAAUGGUUUGUGAGACUAAGAUUGUGGCGGAAGAUCAUGAAUCCAUUUCAGGAUCCAAAAAAGAUGCGAUCAUUGUGUCUUCCUCCCAGAUGUGGCCCUCCUUAUCCGGCUCACCUUCCUCCUCCCCAGCUUCUCUGAGUGGCGUGGAAGGGGAUUUCAAGAAAGACAACGUUUAUAUACGAGAAUUUCAUCCUUCCGAGCAAGAGGUGGUGCGCCGUAUAUUUUAUGAAGGAAUCAUGGAAAGGAUUCCUAACACCGCAUUUAGAGGGUUAAAACACCAGCCCCUCAUUCAGUUGAUCUAUGGGAUAUUCGCUAUAAUAUGCUUUGUUGUGACCAAGUCCUUGCUGCUGACCUGCUGUUUGCCCAUCUUUCUGAUGGGCAUGAGGUACUACUUCAGUAGAAAAGUUAUCCUCAGCUAUCUCGAGUGCGCGCUGCAUACGGACAUGUCUGAUAUUGAGAAUUAUUACAUGAAACCACCAGGCUCCUGCUUCUGGGUAGCUGUGUUGGACGGAAAUGUGGUGGGAAUCGUGGCUGCGAGAGGCAAUGAGGAAGACAACACCAUGGAGCUGCGCCGCAUGUCCGUAGAUUCCAACUUCCGGGGUAAAGGGAUUGCCAAGGCCCUGGGCCGCAAAGUGCUGGAGUUUGCCAUGCUCAACAACUAUUCCUCCAUUAUACUGGGAACCACGGCUGUCAAGGUGGCAGCCCACAAGCUGUAUGAAUCCUUAGGGUUCAAACAUGUGGGCAUCAUUGAACACUACACCCUCCCUGGGAUGACACAUUCCAUACUAGAGAGAAUGUUUUUCCAGCUUCGCUACCACCGCUACCGCCUGCAGCUGCGCGAAGAAUAGAAACAAAAGCAAAACAAAGUGUUUUCUCCUAUCCCCUCAAAAUUGCCCUUUUUUUUCAUUGUUUUUGUUUUCAAUUGUUUUGUUUCGUUCCCUCAUUUCAUUUUUAAUUUGCUUUGUACAGCUUGAUUGUACAAAAUAAGGAUCCUUUCUCGCAUGCUGUCGGUGGUGGUGCUGAGGCUGGAAGUACUGCUCUCCUAAUGCAUACAGUGUUAAUGACCUGGCAGGUCAGAGUGGACCUACAGCCUGUUGUUCCAAUCUUACCCAGGUACCUACAUAAAGCACAGAAACUUACAAACGUAAUAGUACCACUGGUCUGGUGUACAUAGUAUUUUUUUUCAAAUGUAAGAUAAUGUAGUGAUGACAUUCAUAAUACAGUAAGUGCAGAAAUAUUACUUGAAUGCAUUUCUCAGUAUUUCAUGCACCAGUAACUAGAAUAUGCAUUCAUCUUACUAUAAAUUACUGGUUAAUAGUUUUCAAAGAAAAUGUGAAAAAAAAACGCUUGCUACAAUGCAUGAAGAGGAAGUGUGUGCACGCACUCAAACACACAGCACUGCCAUCCAGGCACUGGUGUUGCACUUUUUUUGGAUGUGCCUCAUUCUGCCAAAUAUCUGAAAGAACCUGGGUGCAUCCAGUAACCAUGACUUUUUCUCCAUUCUCAUUUUCCUUCCUAAGCCAGCAAACAGACUUGAACCAUUUGAACUCUGAGCCCCAUUGUAACAUAUUGUAAAGUAAGAUCAAACUUAACUCUCUCCUGCGCUGUUCUAGAUCCAUGCAUAUCCUGCAGUCCUGGGCCAGACUUCCGCAUGUGCAUUGGAGUUUCUCUUUGCUGCCUUCUGGGUUUGUUUGUUUUUUUGUUUGUUUGGGGUUUUUUCUUUUUUUUUUUAAUUUUAUAUUUGUUUUGGCUUUUGCUGAAUGGUGUCAUUGAAGCAUAAUGGAGGCUGCAGUUUCUAUGGCAACACAUUUGCACAUAAAUGUGAGCAACAAAUCUAAACACUUCAGACAAGCAAUGUGUGACAGAGAAUUGCAUUUUGGGCGUGUG